AUGACCGACAUCGCACCAAGAAAAUGUGCCCGCUGGCUGCGAAUUGCCGCCCAGGUUGUCUUUCUGGCGGUGCUGCUUUGGGCCGUGCGAAGGUACUUGAGCACCGCGCUGGCUGACUUGGAGGACUACGACUGGGAGCUGCACCCGGAGUGGUUGGUGCUUGCCGGAGUUUUGUAUUUGGUAGGGCUGCUACCCUGCGCGUGGUUUUGGCGGCGAUUACUGUUUCGCUUCGAUCAGGAGCCACGUUCUAGUGAUGUACUGAGGGCCUAUUACAUCGGGCAUCUCGGCAAAUAUGUUCCCGGCAAGGCGAUGGUGGUGGUGCUGCGAACCGUGAUGCUUCGCGAGAAGCAGGUUGAUACCACCGUGGCAGCGGUCACGGUGAUGUAUGAGACGUUGACGAUGAUGGCCGUGGGGGCCGCCGUGGCUGGGUUGCUGGUCGCCCUGUGGUGGAGCGAGCAGAUGUGGACGAUUCUGAUCGCCGUGGGGUUGAUGUGUGUGGCGAUCGUGCCCACGCUGCCGCCGGUGUUUCGCUGGUUGGCUCGCCUGGUGGGCAUGGGGCGAUCGGACCCGCGCGUGGCCGAACGUUUGGCUCGCUUUGGCUACGGAGAGUUGAUCGUCGGGUGGUUUACGAUCGCCGGCGGGUGGUUCGUGCUGGGGCUCAGCCUGUGGGCGGUUCUACAAGGCAUUGGCGUGAAGGACUUCCCGCUGCUGCAGAACUGGCCGCUGUGCACGGCGGCGGUUUCGCUGGCGGUGGUCGCAGGGUUCUUGUCGCUCAUCCCGGGAGGGGCCGGCGUUCGCGAGUCGAUUUUGUUACCGCUGCUCGCGCCAGAGUUGGGGGCCACCGUGGCGUUGGGGGCCGCACUUCUGCUACGGGUUGUGCCCAAACCGAUUGAGCAAUCUAUGCUGCUAUCCGCCGUCAUCCCUGUGUACAACGAAGUCGACAGCCUCCCUGCGCUGUACGAUCAGGUUGUAUUGAUUGCAGAGGACAAACGGUUCGAUCUGGAAAUCGUCUUCGUCGACGAUGGCUCACGCGAUGGUUCGUGGGACGUCAUCGAGCGGCUUGCUGCCGCCGAUCCGCGGGUGCAUGGCAUUCGCUUUCGCCGCAACUUCGGUAAGGCCGCCGCGUUGAAUGCCGGCUUCGCUGAAGCCCAAGGCGAAGUGGUGGUGACCCUGGAUGCCGACCUGCAGGACGACCCGGCCGAGAUCCCGCGAUUCGUCGAUCAGAUCGAGCAAGGGCUCGACGUCGUAAGCGGCUGGAAGAAAGUGCGGCACGACCCUUGGCACAAGGUGCUGCCCUCCCGCGUGUUCAACUACAUGGUGAGCAAGCUGACCGGGGUUCACCUGCACGAUCAUAACUGUGGGCUGAAGUGUUAUCGCAGCGAGGUGCUGGGCGAAGUGCGACUAUACGGGGAGUUGCACCGCUUUAUUCCGGUGUUGGCGCACGCCCGGGGUUUCAGCGUGGGUGAGUUGGUGAUUCAACACCGACCCCGUCAGCAUGGGCAUUCGAAGUAUGGCGUGGCGCGAUUCAUCAAGGGGUUUCUCGAUCUGCUGACGGUCAAAUUCCUCACCGGGUUUGGUCAGCGGCCCUUGCACUUUUUGGGCAGCAUCGGGCUCAUCUUCUUUUUGAUUGGAUCGCUGGGGCUGUUUUGGCUGGCCAUCGAUUGGACGGCCAACUGGUUCUCGCCUUCGGCCGAUCACAUCCCCCUGCACCAACGACCGGCUGUGCUUUACAGUGCGGCCGCCAUGUUGUUGGGCGGGCAGUUGUUGUCGAUCGGCAUCGUUGCCGAACUGAUCACCGCCUACACCGGACGCGACCGCGAUACGUAUUCAAUCACCGAGCGAACCGCUCCGGCCAUUAUCUCCCACCCAAGCGUGUACUGGUUGCUCAUCGCCCUGAGCAUCGGCAGUGUGACGGGCCGCAUUCUGGCGGUCGACUCGGUCGAUACUUUGGCGUUGGAGAAACACCUGCGGCGCGAGGAUCCAAAUCGAGAAUUGCAACGUCCGUUCUUAAGUGCGAACGAUCGUAGUCGUUGGUGCACAGUUCGGGCCCUGGUGGAACAUGGAACGUACCAGAUCGACGAGGUGAUCCAGGAACGCGGCUGGGACACUAUCGACAUGGUCAAGCACGACGGACAUCUGUAUUCGAGCAAACCGCCGCUGCUGGCCACGCUGAUUGCGGCCGAAUACUGGGUUUUGCAUCAGAUCACGGGCAGCACGCUGGGCGAAUCUCCGCACGCUUUGGGGCGAUUCAUGCUGGCGACAAUCAAUAUCCCGGCGCUGCUGGUUUGUUUUCUGUUGCUCGUUUCCAUCGUCGAGCGGUAUGGCAACAGCGAUUGGGGACGGAUCUUCGUGAUCGCGGCCGCCACGUGGGCCACCCUGAUGACGACCUUCGCAGCGACGUUGAACAACCACUUAAUCGCAGCCGCCGCGGCGACGGCGGCGUUAUGGGCAACACUUCGCAUCUGGCAAGACGGCUCGCGACGACUCGAUGAAUUCGUGCUGGCCGGCGCGGCGGCAGCGUUUUGUGCGGCGAACGAACUGCCGGCGUUGUCGUUGGCUGCGGCUUGCACGCUGGCGAUUUUCUGGAAAGCCCCACGGCAGGCAAUCAUUGGGUUUGUACCGGCCGCCGCGGUGGUGGCCGGUGCGUUCUUCGCCACAAAUUACGCGGCCCACGGUUCGAUGAUUCCUCCCUACGCUCAUCGCGAGGAGGGGGAGAACUGGUACGACUACGAGUACGAACGCAACGGACGCACGAUUCACAGUUACUGGCAGAACCGUUCCGGCAUCGAUCUCGGGGAAGCCUCUCCGGUGAUUUAUGCGGUGAAUGUGUUGGUGGGGCACCACGGGGUGUUCUCGCUCACGCCGGUGUGGCUGCUUUCGUUCCUGGGGCUGGGCUUGAUGCUUACGGCCGAAGAUCGUUCCUUACGUUGGAUCGCCCUGGCGAUACUUGGGCUGUCGGUGGUUUGCUUCGCGUUCUAUCUGUCGCGACCGUUGAUCGAUCGAAACUACGGCGGCACCACCUCGGGCUUUCGCUGGAUGAUGUGGUUCGCACCGCUGUGGUUGUUCGGCAUGUUGCCGGCUGCCGAUGCGGCGGCCGAACGACGUUGGGCCCGGGCUAUUUGCCUAGUGUUGUUGAUGUUCUCCGUACUCUCGGUCGCCUACCCGACCUGGAACCCCUGGACACACCCUUGGCUGUGGGAUGCCAGCGAAUGGAUGGGGUGGAUGUAG